AUGGCACUCGCAGGAAGUGCUACCUUCUCUUCAUCACUCUCAACAGUCUGCACCUUACAAAACCGACAUGCAUCGCAAUCCAAAGCCAUUCUUGGUGCUCCCCUAUGUCAGAGCAUGUUUCUUACAAAGAAAAAAGCAUCGCAUAGGUUUCUAGUGGUGGCAGUAACCAAAGGCUCAACCGAGUCCAGUAAAUCUGACGAAAAAAUUCCUUCAUGGGCUAAGCCCGAUUCCAACGAACCUCCACCAUGGGCUCAAAACGAAGCACAAAACAAAAGCUCUUCUUCAGAACAAGGAUUUGAGAUUCCGUUUUAUGUUUAUUUACUUGCCUCUGCUAUCACUGCUAUUGCCGCUAUUGGUUCGAUAUUUGAGUAUGUGAAUCAAAAGCCUGUGUUUGGUGUUUUGAGCUCCGACAGCAUAUUUUAUGCUCCUUUGCUUGGUUUUUUCGCCUUCACCGGUGUUCCUACUUCGGCCUUCUUGUGGUUCAAGUCUGUUGAAGCAGCCAACAAGGAAGCUGAGGAACAAGACAAGAGGGAUGGUUAUAAGUAA